AUGGCGCAAGAGAGUUGGAAAGAGGCGGAGGAUACGGGUGUCCACGCACCUGAGGCUCCGAUAAUGUGCAUCAACAACUGUGGCUUCUUCGGCAACCGGAUGACCGAAAACAUGUGUUCAAAGUGUUACCGAGACACUGUCAAGGCCAAGAAGAUGGCCCUUCUAGUCGAGAACAAAACUGCUGCUGCUGUUGCAUCGUCACCCACACCAAUGGUGGCAGAGAUCAAGGAUGAAGCGUCUGCCUCAGCCAAAGAAGGAAAACAAGUAGCCGAGGAGGAGGCGCCGAAGCCACCCAGCAACCGCUGCCUGUCGUGCCGGAAGAAGGUCGGGCUGACGGGGUUCAAGUGCCGCUGCGGAGACACCUUCUGCUCGAUGCACCGCUAUGCCGACGCGCACGAUUGCAAGUUCGACUACAAGCAGGCCGGCAGGGAGCAGAUCGCCCAGCAGAACCCCGUCGUCAAGGCUGACAAGGUCACCAGAUUCUGA